GUUUCUCUAACUCAGCGUCAUGGAAUGAAGCUCCGAAAAAACAAUGGAUAAGAUUCGUUAAGCCUCAGUCUCUGGUGUUCGAAGCGGUGGAAAUGGCUUCAAUCGUCCACCAUGGUCUUCAAAUUUCUUCCAAGAUCGAUUCUCCAUGGCUCAGGCUUUCAUCGCAGCUUCAUUUUCAUCCUCGGACAUCGGUUGAGAUUGUCCAUAAUCGCGUUCCUCAAUUCUCUCCAGUUAUCAUUAAUUGCCGUCGUGCUUCGCGUUCUCUGAUUCGACGUGGCAGUCGAAUCGAGAGGGAAGGUGAUCCAUCUACUGCAGAAGCCGAUAAGGCCGAGGGGACCGAAAGUAAAGUUUCUUCAAUUAGGAAUGUUGCUUUAUGUGUUGCUAGUGCACUGGCAUUUGGCAUCGGGGUGGGCUUGAAAGAUGGAGCGGGCAAGGCAUCUGAAUUUUUCGCUGGGUAUCUUCUUGAGCAAAGUUUGUCAGUUGACAAUCUUUUUGUUUUUGUUUUGAUUUUCAAGUACUUCAAAGUGCCAAUCGAGUAUCAGAAUCGGGUGCUUACAUAUGGUAUUGCUGGUGCAAUUGUCUUUCGUCUGACAAUCAUACUUCUCGGAACAGCCACUUUGCAGAGAUUUGAAGGAGUAAACCUGCUUCUGGCUGCCAUACUUCUAUUCUCAUCUUUUCAGUUAUUUGCCAGUGAUGAAGAGGAUGACAGUGAUCUAUCAGACAACUUUGUAGUAAAGACGUGCCAAAAAUUAAUCCCUGUGGCAGCUAAUUAUGAUGGGAAUCGCUUUUUUACACUUCAGGAGGGUGUUAAGAAAGCAACACCUUUACUUCUCACCGUAGCAGUAAUUGAGCUCAGUGAUAUAGCAUUUGCAGUGGACUCAAUACCAGCAGUUUUUGGUGUUACAAGGGACCCUUUCAUAGUGUUUACGUCUAAUCUUUUUGCCAUUCUAGGUUUGAGAUCCCUAUUUGUGCUUGUAUCUGAUGGUAUGUCAGAAUUGGAGUACCUACAGCCGUCUAUUGGUGUUGUUUUGGCAUUUGUUGGGAGUAAGAUGAUCCUGGAUUACUUUGGAUUCCACGUCCCAACUGAGGCAUCUCUUGGUUUUGUUGCAUUAAGUCUGAGCACUGGGGUCCUGUUGAGUGUACUGAAGAAGUCUGAUUGAUCAUGAUAACAAAAAAUACAGAAUUUUGUGUCAAAAUUGUCACACAAGAACGUGUCACUGGAGCCUUGCCUGUAGGCAGUAAAAGAAAAAAGGAUGCGCAUUCUGCUAUGCUGUCUACAAAAACUGGAGGCUAGAAGAACCAUUUUUUCUUUUUACCAGUCUUGAUUGUUGUGCUGAGGAUGAAUUUCCUCUGUUAUUUGCAAAUAAUUCCAAAUCUCUCUCUCAAACGAAGUUCAGAACCUUUCUGUAGAUCUGAGCUUUUGGACAACGUACAAAUUUUUAUGCAAAAAAUGUGAUGGUAUCUUUCUGCUAUCAAGUUGAUACCUUCCUCCA